GCGUCUCGUCUUUCUAUCCAAUCCCAUCUCCUUCCCUCCUACGGCGGUCUGCUUCGCCCGCGACCACCUCGCCGCCGCAUCCCUCUCAACCACCGCCGGCGUCGGAGAUGCAGGCGACGGCCGCAUCCUUCCUCGCCCGCCCCAUCCCGUGGCCCCGUCGCAUUGGCAGGAGCGCGUAUGGGGCGGUGGCGGUGCGCGGAGGCGUCUCGCCGCUGCCGCCGCGGCUGCGGGCGGUACGGUGCUCUAUGAGCCUCUCUAUCGGCGCCGGUUCGAGCGACAUCGGAGACAGCGGAUUCAGCUACCAGUAUGCUCCGGUCUUCCGAAGAUACCGUGAGCGGGAUCCCUACAAGCUUCUUGGUGUUGACCGUGAUGCAUCUGAAGAAGAGAUCAGAAGUGCAAAAGACUUCCUAGUUCAACAGUAUGCUGGUCACGAAGCAAGUGAAGAAGCUAUUGAAGGUGCUUAUGAAAAGAUAAUAAUGAAGAGCUACCAGCAUAGGAAGAAAACGAAAAUUAAUCUGAAAACCAAGCUUUUAAAGCGAGUCGAGGAAUCCCCGUCAUGGGUAAAGGCAUUUCUUGGAUACUUUGAGGUGCCAUCAAUGGAUAUUAUUUCCAAAAGAUUAUUCUUUUUUGCUUUCAUCGCUGGGUGGAGCAUAGCAACUUCUGCUGAGAAUGGACCUGCAUUCCAGCUUGCAAUAUCACUCUUCUCGUGCAUAUACUUCCUUAAUGACAAGAUGAAGAACCUUCUGAGAGCAUCAACUACUGGGUUUGGAGUACUUGUUGGUGGCUGGAUUGUUGGUUCUAUGUUGGUCCCUCUUAUCCCAACAUUUAUCAUCCCACCUACAUGGUCGCUUGAGCUUCUUACCUCCUUGGUUGCAUAUGUUUUCUUGUUUCUGGGGAGCACUUACCUCAAAUGAAGCAACGUCAAUCUUGUAACCGUAAAUUGUAGUAUUGUUUGGAAAAUUUUGGCAGUUACUGAAAUCUCUACAAUUGCAUGUACCGGCAAUGUUGUUGAAUCCUUCGUCCUUCGUCUCAGCUCAGGAUAGAGACAACCGGCGAAGCCAGGUGCUUUGUUUACACCAGUUGUCCACUCAUUUGUUUAAUUAAUUGUCCAUAUAGGGGGCUGUUCUUCGCUUCGCUGGUCCAAGUGAAUCGCUGUAUGGAUCACCUGCUGAAGCUUAGGCACAGGGUCAUGUCAGAUUGUUAACUCAUACGGAAUGUACUAUUUACAUAUUGAUAUUGAUGUGGAAAUGAUGUAGCGAAAUUUUUGCGUCUUACGUAAUGCUGUUGCAACUUGCAAGAA